GGGGAGCGCUGUCACAUGGGCGGCGGCGGCGCUUCCGCAGCGCCCGGAAAGACGCGGCCGGGGCCUGUCCCGGUGCCUGCCCACCGCCCGGGCUCGGCGGUGCCGAUGGGGCCCAGCCGCCUCUCGUGGUCGCUGCUGCUGCGCUGCCGGCGGGCGGCGGCCCUGGGCGCGCCCCGGUGCCGCCCGCUGCCCGCCCGCCCGCUCAGCGCCGCCGCCCCGCUCCGGGCCCCUCUGCGCCCGCCGGGCGCGGGCGGCGGAGCGCCGCGGAACGGGCCGGCGGGCGCUGGCCGCGAUGAAGAAGAAGAAGAGGAGGAUGAUGAGGCAGCCCUGGAGGCGCUGCUGGGGCCGUCUCCGCUGGCCCCGGGGCCCAGCGCCCAGCGCGUUGCCAUCGUGCACCCCGCGGUCAAGUGGGGCCCGCAGAAGUCGCCGCUCACCACGGCUGAAUUACAGAUUGCCGAAGCUGUUGCUCUUGUAGAUACUCUUCAGAACUGGACAGUUUUAGAUAAAAUAAUUAUUCCUACAAAAAAUCCCAACAAGAAGUUUGUUUUUGGCAAAGGAAACUUUCAGGUUUUGACAGAAAAGAUUAAAAAAUUGCCCCAUGUGACAGCUGUCUUCUUGAAUGUGGAAAGAAUAUCUUCACUAACAAAGAAAGAACUGGAAGGUGCCUGGGGCGUGCCAGUCUUUGACAGAUACACCGUGGUACUUCACAUUUUUCGCUGCAAUGCCCGGACAAAAGAAGCAAAACUGCAGAUAGCACUGGCUGAAAUUCCACUUCUCAGGUCAAAUCUGAAAAAUGAGCUGUCUCAGCGAGAUCAGCAGAGAGGUGGUUCAAGAUACAUCAUGGGCUCAGGUGAAACAUUUCUAGAAACACAGAAUCGUGUCUUAAAAGAAAGGGAACUUAAAAUUAGGAAUGCCCUGGAGAAACUAAGGAGAAAAAGAGCUUUACUUAGAGCUCAGCGCAGAAAAUGUGAGUUCCCAAUGGUCUCAGUAAUGGGCUAUACCAACUCUGGAAAAACUACUUUGAUCAAAGCCUUGACUGGAGAAGCAGGACUUCAACCCAGGGAUCAGCUGUUUGCCACUCUGGAUAUUACAGCCCAUGCUGGCUAUCUGCCCUCACAUAUGGCAGUUAUUUAUGUUGACACCAUUGGGUUUCUGACUGAUCUUCCACAUAACCUGGUUGAGUCAUUUUCAGCUACACUAGAAGAAGUGGCUUACUCAGAUCUGAUAGUUCAUGUGAGGGAUAUUACUCAUCCAGAAACCAUCCUCCAGAAAGCAACUGUUCUGUCAGUUCUGAGGAAUCUCAAUCUUCCUAGCCAUUUACUGGACUCAAUAGUAGAAGUUCAUAACAAAGUGGAUUUGACAGAAAGGUAUAAACCCACUGAAGACAAUGCUUUAGCUGUUUCUGCUCUGCAUGGAUAUGGUUUAGAGGAACUGAAACAAGAAAUAGAGAAAAAAAUACUGACAGCAACAGGGAAGAAGAUUCUAACAGUUAAUAUCAACUUAGAGGGACCUCAGCUAAGUUGGCUCUAUAAAGAAGCAACAGUUCAGGAAGUAGAGGUCAUGCCUGAAGACGGCAAAGCCAGGGUGAAGGUGAUAAUCGGCAGUUCUGCUUUUGGCAGAUACAAAAACCUCUUUCCCAACAGUGAGAUUUUCAUCUCAUGAAACUGCAUCCUGUUCUAGGAGAAGAAACUGAUCUCCUCAAGAGGAUGUGAAAUGAAGUGAAUGACCUGUUAAGUCUCACUGCUGAAUAGUUUAUUUUUCUUCCCUACUUGAUGUUUUUGGCGCAUUUUAGAAAUGGGUGCUGUUUCAGAAAACUUCUGUAUGGAAACAAUAAGAGCUUUGAGCUUAAUUUUGUCAGCAAGUACCAGGACAGCACUAAUUUUUUUAUGUUAAACCUAUUGCUGGCUAUAAGCUGCGGACCUCAAAUGCAUGGAAUGGCAUCUGAGUUAACCUUCAGAAAAGUACCAAAUUUCUUAUUUCACAUAAAUAAAACUUUCUAUUGCCCUUUUCAGAAGAAAAUAGUAUUUAAUAUAGGUGUUUCAGAUGGUCUUUGGAAAUUGAAACUUAGUGAAGAAAAUAUUGUUGGUUAUAUAUAAAUAGUGAAGAUAAAUAUGUGUUCAAGCAGAAUGCAUGACUGUAAGUAAAAUAACUGCAAUGUCUUAUUGCAGUGAAGGAAAAAAAAAAUCAAUUAAGGUAUUAAAUAAAGUUAACUGUGAACAUCUUUUACCCA